UACUAUUAGUUUAUGUAUCAUUAGUACGAGUAAAAUCCCAAUUCUGUCAUGGAAUAUCUCAAUAUGAUCGAUGUUCACCAAACAGUGCAUGUGCCUGCUAUCAUAUAGCAGGCGCUAUUGAUAUUGGUAUCUGUGUCGAUGUAUUCGUCGAUUAUUCUGAGCUAGCUGAAUGUAGAGACUCAGACAACACUUGUUACGAAUCUAACCAUAGAUGUGUUCAUCAUCCUCGUUGUCAUAAUCGUCCUGUUUGUUAUCCAGUGCCAAGUUUCAAUCAGAGACUCUGCCCACCAAUAUCAAGUAAGAAAAUGAACAGUGGUCUAGACGCCGAAGUGAAAGAGGGAUUCUUUUAAAGUUGUUUCUUCAUAGUCCACACAUCCUCAUGUAUGCAGUUCAUUUUAUUGUAGAAGCGAUAGAGGGGAAUUAAUGAUCCUUUAAAAAAAGAAGUAGCUGAAGUACAACACAGACCAAACGACACAUAAUCAUUGAAACAAAAAGAUUUCAUCUGUUCUUAUGAACCAUAUUCAUUGAUUUGAAGAAAAAUCCGUUGCAUUUAUAUCUAGUAGUGCAUCAAUAUGCCGUAAACCUUAAAGGAUAUAUGAGGAGCCAAAAAAACAAGUGAGGAUUUGAUCAAUCUAUGCGAUUAGAUACUUUAGAACGUAUCAUAUGUUAGCAACACCAUCAAAACAAAUCAAUUCUAAUAUAUCAUACCAAUCUACAUUCACAGUUUCCUUUGUAUACUAGGCUCAUUCUGGUGAAUAUUGAGUUUUGCUAAGUAGCCUUCUAUCAAAAUAACUGCGAUCGACAUUAGUAAUUCAAAUGUGUAUGGAAAUUGUUUUUUCAUAGCUUAUAGUAUUACUGAUUUUAGCUAUCUCUUUAAAACACUUACAAGGACAAUGUUUUAGGGAAGUGAGAAUAUAGGAAUUCAGACUAUCUAAUAAUGAGAUGAAUGACAAAGAGAGAGUUCGUAAAAACUUAUCAUUACACUAUUAGUAUCUUCUUUCAAACAUUCUUCGAAAUUCAUUUCAUUCACACUGUUGAUAUAACAACAGAAUAUUGGAAAGUCUUAAUGGAUUCCAUAAAAUUCAAUUCAAUUCGUUUUGAUUUGAUCCAAUCGAAUCACAUCGCAUUGAAUUAUCAAAAAUUUUAUUGACUUUUCAUUGUCCAAUGAACGCAGACGUUUUGCAUGAAAGAUUAGAUACACAAGACAUAUCAAAUCUAAAAUAUCUCAUUUGUAUAAACAAAACUUUGUAUGAUAAUGAAUAGCAAUGAAUAAUACAACGACAGAUACAAUUACAAAUGCAACAGCAACUACAACCACAACCACUACACAAAAACCAUUUCAUCCACUACGUGGAAGUGCAAUUGACAUUCAUCCAAGUGCUCGAUGGCAACAUAAUGGUUUUACUGUCGCUGGAGGAUAUGGGCUAGGCACUGGAAUCAAUCAACUCUCAUACCCAUAUGGUCUGUUCGUUGAUGAUGAACAAACAAUCUAUGUCGCUGAAUGGUCGAAUCAUCGUAUUGUGGAAUGGAAAUUUGGUGCGACGAGUGGUCUAGUGGUUGCUGGUGGCAAUGGACAAGGAAGUGAAACUCAUCAAUUGUCUAACCCAUAUGAUGUGAUGUGA